CACGCUACGGUGACCCUGUCACCUCCAACAUGAGCAGCAUGAGCCAAGCAUAGACUGGAGUAGAGAUCUUAAUUUAUUUUAAGACAGCAACCACGCAACCACUGCGUGGUACUAUUACAAUCAGCACCACCACAACCACUGCAGCCUCCGCUAUUGCUAUAACGUUUACCAUGAAUACUGCUACUAAUGAUAAUAAAACUGCAAAGGACAAUAAGAAGCAGACGAUGUCUCCUCCCUUCAAUUCUCUUCUGUUUGCUGACGAUUUGAUUUGGAGUGGCCAGAUUCUAUCUUUUGUCGGUGUCGGACAGUAUGCUUUCGUAGGAGCUGUCAACAAGAAGAUGCAUCAACUGUACAAAGACUACUGCAAAAUUGAACUCAGGAAUAAUCCAAAAAAGGUAAAGGAUUAUAACAUUUACUAUAACCCUGACAGUCGCUCUGCAGAAAUCACCGACACUCUUUACAGCGAAACAUUCUGUAUCGUGCCGCGCGCAGAAAUCUGGCGCAACGACACUUCCAGCAACAAAACACCUGAUCGUGAUCAAGUUUGCAAUGCAAUUGCCAGAAUUGGAAACAUUACUGGCAUGCAGUGGGCACGCCAACAAGGAUUCCCAUGGAAUGAACAGACAUGCAGGCUUGCUGCUAGCAAUGGACAUUUGGAAAUGCUCCAAUGGCUGUAUGAAAAUGGUUGUUCAUGGAAUGUUCAAACAUGUGCACUUGCUGCUCAAAAUGGACAUUUGGAUGUUUUAAAGUGGGCUCGUGAAAAUGGUUGUCCAUGGAAUGAAACGACAUGCAACUGUGCUGCGUAUGGUGGACAUUUGGAACUUCUAAAGUGGGCUCGUGAAAAUGGUUGUCCAUGGAAUGAAACGACAUGUAGCUGUGCUGCGUAUGGUGGACAUUUGGAACUUCUAAAGUGGACUGGUGCGAAUGGUUGUCCAUGGGAUGAAGAGACAUGCGAGGGGGCUGCUCAGAAGGGACAUUUGGAAAUUCUGAUUUGGUUACGGCAGAAUGGUUGUCCAUGGGAUCAUUCGACAUGUUCCUAUGCUGCCCAAGGUGGACAUUUGGAUACUCUUAAAUGGGCUCAUGCGAAUGGUUGUCCAUGGAGUGAAGAUACAUGUAGCCGUGCUGCUGAAGUUGGACAUUUGGAAAUUCUGAUUUGGUUACGGCAGAAUGGUUGUCCAUGGGAUCAUUCGACAUGUUCCGAUGCUGCCCAAGGUGGACAUUUGGAUACUCUUAAGUGGGCUCGUGCAAAUGGUGGUCCAUGGAAUGAACGUACAUGUACUAAGGCUGCUGAAAAUGACCAUUUAGAAACUUUGCAGUGGGCUCUUGCAAAUGGUUGUCCAUGGGAUGAAGAGACAUUUCGAGCUGCCAGAGUAUAUGGAUUCGACAACACCGAAGCGAUCCAGUGGCUACGCAACAAUGGCUACCCUGGGGUCUGGUAA